AUGCAUCUGGGAUACGUUUGUUUCGUUUUGCUCAUCCUUCUUCACUCAUCGACAUGCUUCCUGUUGCAUCCUCAUCGAAAACCUGCAACGGUUGAAACUCCGACACUUGACGAUGCUCCACCAACAACAUCCAGCAUUCCAGGAGACUUUGGUGAUGGGCAUACAUAUCGCAAGCGCCCAUUCUACUAUCACCGCUUUCCUCAUUUCCCAAUCUUACACGAAACGCAGAGCUCCUAUUCCAGAAAAUUGGAUGAAAAGAACUAUACAUAA